CCUUUAUACGAUAGCUACCACCUUAAAAAAUCUGUAAAAAGUUGGAGCUGUGGCUGACGGAAAGUUGGGAAAGGUUAACUUGGUUUGCUAGAGCUGAAAACAUAGUUAAUCCUGAGAAAAUGGUUAAGAGAAAAAGGAAAAAUGCAGCAGAAGGCAGCUCAAAAUCGUCCAGUUUAAAAAAAGGCAAAGGAUCUGUGGAUGAUGAUGAUUAUGAACCAGAAGAAGAUGAUGACAGUCUUCUGUCCUCUGUUGAUGCCAAGGCUGUUCCUUCCUCGGCAAGUCGAAAUGCUGAAAGUGUUGAAAAGACAGCAAUAGACGAAUUUGGGGCAAAGGAUUACAGAAAUGUUGCAGAGUUAAAGCAAGACCAUGAUCUUAGGCCACUCUGGGUGGCACCAGAUGGGCAUAUUUUUCUAGAGUCGUUUUCUCCUGUGUACAAGCAUGCUCAUGACUUUCUGAUUGCAAUAGCUGAGCCUGUUUGCAGGCCAGAAUUUAUUCAUGAAUACAGACUAACUGCUUAUUCUCUGUACGCUGCUGUUUCCGUUGGUCUCCAGACAAAUGAUAUCAUUGAGUAUCUACAAAGGCUAAGCAAGACAACAGUACCUGAUGGAAUUAUUCAAUUUAUAAAGCUUUGCACUCUCAGCUAUGGAAAGGUGAAGUUGCUUCUCAAACACAAUCGCUAUUAUGUCGAAAGCAGUUUUCCGGAUGUUCUUCAAAAACUUUUGAAAGAUCCAGUAGUCCAAAACUGCAGGAAACGUUUUGAUGUAGAUGAAAAGGAAGUGUUGGUGUCUUCAAAAUUUAAAAGCAAGUCUGCAUUGAAGCUCAACAAACCGGUCCCAAAGGCCCAAGACGCAGACGCAAAACCAUCUGAAAACGCUUCAAAAGAAUCGGAUGUUGUUCAAGAGCAGAUACCAACGGAUAUUUCAGAUUUUAUUGAAAAGAUCGUCCAUGACGAUGACGACGCAGAAGAAGAGACCCAGACAGUGUCAUUUGAAGUUACUCAAGAAAAAAUUGAAGAAUUGCAAAGAAGGUGUAUAGAGAUGGAUUUUCCGUUGCUUGCUGAAUAUGACUUUAAGAACGACACCACUAACCCGGAUAUUAAUAUUGAUCUGAAGCCAACGACACUUCUUCGACCUUAUCAGGAAAAAAGUUUAAGAAAAAUGUUUGGCAAUGGAAGAGCAAGAUCAGGAGUGAUUGUGCUUCCCUGUGGUGCUGGGAAAACUCUCGUUGGGGUCACAGCCGCCUGCACAGUCCGUAAAAAGUGUUUGGUAUUGUGCACAUCAGGUGUGUCAGUCGAGCAAUGGAGGUCUCAAUUCAAACUUUGGGCGAAUAUCGACGACAAACACAUAUGCAGAUUCACUUCGGAUGCCAAGGACAAACCUGUCGAUUGUCACGUGGCAGUAACAACUUACUCUAUGGUUGCGCACACCAUGCGAAGAUCAUACGAGUCAGAACAGAUAAUGGAGUUUCUUCGAUCGACAGAAUGGGGUCUUAUGUUGCUAGAUGAAGUUCACACGAUACCUGCAAAGCAAUUUAGGAGAGUCUUGACAAUUGUCAAUGCUCACACUAAAUUGGGUUUGACUGCGACAUUAGUAAGAGAAGAUGACAAAAUCCAGGACCUGAACUUUUUGAUUGGACCAAAACUUUACGAAGCAAACUGGAUGGAAUUACAGAAUAAUGGUUAUCUUGCAAGGGUGCAGUGUGCCGAGGUGUGGUGUCCGAUGGUGCCUGAGUUUUACCGUGAAUACCUUGGCAUUCAAAGUAGAAAAAGAAUGCUUUUGUAUGUUAUGAACCCCAACAAAUUCAGAGCUUGUGAGUUCUUAAUCAGGUUUCAUGAAAGGCGCAACGAUAAGAUAAUUGUAUUUUCUGACAAUGUCUUUGCUCUGAAGCAUUAUGCAGUCAAGCUUAACAAGCCGUUUAUUUAUGGGCCAACAACUCAAGGUGAACGACUACAGAUCAUUCAGAAUUUCGUUCACAAUCCACUUGUCAAUACAAUCUUUAUUUCAAAGGUCGGUGAUACAUCAUUUGAUAUGCCAGAAGCAAACGUUUUAAUUCAGAUUUCGUCUCACGGUGGCUCACGAAGACAGGAGGCACAGCGUCUUGGGAGAAUCCUAAGGGCCAAAAAAGAUAUGGCUGCAGAAGAAUACAAUGCCUUUUUUUACUCCUUGGUUUCCAAUGACACCACGGAGAUGUUUUUCUCCAACAAGAGGCAAAGAUUUCUCAUAAAUCAAGGUUACAGUUAUAAGGUUAUAACACGACUAGCAGGAAUGGAUGAGGAGAACCUUGCUUAUUCAACUAGAAAAGAGCAGCAGGAAUUAUUGCAAAAAGUUUUAGCGGCAACCGAUGCAGACGCUGAUGAGGAGAAUGUUCCUGGUGAUUCCUCUUCGUACUCCAGUGUUAAGAGAAGUUUUGUUGCGCGGAAAUCAGGCUCCAUGGCUUCUAUGUCUGGUGGUGAUGACAUGAUGUACUUGGAAUAUAAAGCUAGCAGCUCGGGGACUGAGAAAAGUAGACAUCCUUUGUUUAAAAGGUUUAGGAGAUGAGUGGUAUGCAAUUAAGUCGCUUUAGUUCGAAA